AUGUUUAGAGGCCGCAGCGCCUGGUUCUCGCAGAGCGUCCCCCCAGAGCUCUACCACCUUUGGGUUGGUGAAGGAGGGGUGAUUGUGAAUUUGGAAGCUGCUGAUUAUCUCUUCAGCAGCAACGCUUCUCACCCGGAUACAAAAAGAAUACACCAAAGUUUAGCCUAUCUAGAGGACCAAGUCACCGUUUUUCAUUCCUGCUUUCUUACUGCGAGUAUCGAUGCUGAAAUAAAGAACUCUGUACCUCUAGGACAUUUCGUUCUCCUACCAGCCAGCUUGCAAAAAGAAAUUAGAAAAAAAAUUGGCCACUUUAUCUGGGAACAGAUAACCAGUCCAGUUCAGGACUUACACUACCAUCCACUUAUACUGCAGUCUGGUCCAACGGCUGAAUCAAAAAGCAUCAAGAAGCAGGAACAGAUAAGAGACAAGAAAGAGCUGGAGAAAUGCCAAGGUCCAAGGACAUCUGAAACAGGGAAGCUAACCUACAUUCCUCUUCAAGAUUAUCCAUCAAGUAACAUGGUGACAGGUUAUACCUCUGAGAGACAGUUGAAGAAAUUUCUCGGGGAGAUACGAGAUUUCAUUCCUGGCUGUUCUGGUUAUUUAGCAUACUGGAUUCCGAAUGAGACCAAUCUUUUCUCUGAUGUGAAGAUGAAAUUAAAGAGGAAGUCAUGA